UUUACGACAACACAGUUGGCGAGUUACAAUGGAUCCGUCGAGGCAGCCAAAAUCUUUACUGAAGCAGAACUGGAGAAGGCCACAAACAAUUACAAUGAAGAGAGAAAAAUUGGUGAAGGUGGCUAUGGAGUAGUUUACAACGGAAAUUUGUCCGCAGAUCAUCAUAACAAAGUGGUCGCCAUAAAAAAGUCCAAAGUUAAUUCCCCAAUUACUGAGACUCAGAGUCUAGAGUUUGUUAACGAGGUGAUUGUUCUUUCCCAAAUCCACCAUAAAAAUGUUGUGAGGCUCCUUGGCUGUUGUUUAGAGACUCAAACGCCUAUACUGGUUUACGAGUACAUUUCCCAUGGCACUCUUCAUGAUCACAUUCAUAGAAAAGACAACAAAUACCCACGACUUCCAUUGGACUUGCGGUUGAAGAUAGCAGCAGAUACUGCAGAAGCACUCUCAUACUUGCACCACUACACUGAGCCCCCAAUCAUACACCGAGAUGUUAAAGCAAUGAACAUACUACUAGACCACAAGUACACCGCAAAAGUUGCAGACUUUGGAGCUUCAAAAUUGGUUCCGGAUCAAGAUGAAGGCCAACUAUCAACUUUGGUGCAAGGGACACUCGGAUACUUGGACCCUGAAUAUCUUCAGUCCCACAUACUAACAGAAAAGAGUGAUGUGUAUAGCUUCGGAGUUGUCCUGGUGGAGCUAAUCACAAGCCAAAAGGCACUAUCCUCAAACAAAAAGUCGGAGGUUGACAGAAACCUAGCAAACGCUUUUGUUCACGCAAUGAAGGAGAGCCGCUUGAAUGAAAUUCUUGAUGCUGAAAUCGCCAAGGAAGGAGAAGGGUUUGAGAAAGUCGUAGAAACAGUGGCAGAUCUGGCAAAUAGAUGUUUAAGGUUAAGAGGGGAGGAAAGGCCGUCGAUGAAAGAAGUAGCGGUGGAGCUCGGGGGAUUAUUGAAAGUUAUGGGAAAGGAUUCAGAUGAGGGGAAGGCUGAUUUCAAACGAUCUCCCCAAGAGACCGACCACUUGCUUGGGUCACCUGCUAAUUUCGUUGCGGAUAUAAGUAGUGCAGAGUACGACCACAGCAUGCAAACUCAACACAUCCAAAUGGUAAAGCCUUAUGGUGAUGGCCGAUAG